CUGCCGAUUGCGGGUUUAUUCUGUAACUUUCAAACGAGCGGACGGGCGUUGUGUUUUGUUAGUUGCCACCAUCUCUACUGGUUGCUUUAACUCAGUGAAAGACCGGAACAGUUCGAACCACAAUAGAUCGCUUCGGUGACUCUUCCGUCGUCUCGAAGCGGCGGUGCGCUUGGAAGCUCAGUUUCUUGCCAGCUUUGCCAGUGUAAAGUGAGUUUGAUUGUGUUUGACCAAGCGAAAAGUCCUUGCGCGGGACCAACAUCGAAUCACAGAAAGAAGAUUCAAUUGUGCGCUGUUUGUCGUUGGCUACUGGAGAGUGCCAUUAAGAACGGAAUGUAGUAGCAACAACCAAUAGAGAAAGUUUUUUGUGCAGAAAAAUCGAAAAGAAUGGAAUUAAUGUGCAGUAUUCAGAUUUAUUCCUCUCAGGGGUGAUAUGCCGGGGUACGAAGCCGAAGGUGAAAGAUUUAUGUUGAAGUGAGCUGUGUCAAGUGAACGAGGCAGAUAGGUUCGAACCGGUUCUGGAACGAAAAAAAAAACAAACUUCUUCGUUCUGUUCGAUGCAUGAAGUUGGAUCCUUUUCUUACUUAUUUUUCUCAUUUAUUUUGUGGUGCCAGCGAGUGUGGUGAAUGCAAGCAUAAGUGCGAAAGGAUGAAAAUAAAAUGAAUAAAUUCUGUCGACCGAAGACAGUAAAGUAAUAUAAAUUAGUUUGAAGAUAAAUGUACAUUGCAGACAACAUCCCUCCCGCAAGGCGAGGUCCCCAUCAAUUGCAACACACAUCGGAUAACGUACGUUGUGCUACUUUUUGAUGGACUAAUCCAAAAAUCCUUUGGAUAGCCCGGAUUUCCGCAAUUUAUGUGCUUCUGGUUUAUUUGUUUGCCUACCGAAGUGGAAACUUGGCUUUCUUUGUGUAACGCAGUGUUUCGAUUGUUGUUGAACUCGAAAAAGUGCUGAGCCCGUUUGUUGACAGCGUGGAAGUUAGCGAAAAACUGUGUUAUUGUGCGUUUCGACAAAGUUCAGAAUAAUAAAAUUAAGAAUAAUACGUGAAGUUUACAUACGCACAUCGUGAAGAAGUCUAUUGAGUUAAAUAAAAUCGAAUUGCAAUCUGAAAGAGAAUUCGUUUGAGAUUGUAAAUUUCAAUUCAUGUAUUCCAUGUAGAAAAAGAUAUCUUUCAAGAGGAUUAUUUCAGCGCCACGUGCAUAACUUAUAAUGCACUAGUUGAUCCAGUUUGUUGUGUAGAGUGUGACAAUAGCAAAUAUUCGUACAAGGUGUUGCUUUGAAGUAUGUGAAGUUAUGUGUUUACAUAAUCAGUGCAAGUUCUUCUUCGGCUCCGGUGAUUCAACAAAAGAUACAUUCGAAGACGUCACUUCAGUGAAUUGCUUGAAUUCACUUGUUUCGUGAUUCCCGUCGACGCGGUGUACAGGCAAAGGACCACGCAGGAGCGAAGCUUCUCGAACGAUUGAAGUUUUGGGCAUUUCAUGCUUUUUAUAGUAUAAGAUGGCACACCUUCAGAGGCACCGGCUGGAGUCGGUCAGUGACAACAGUGCCCCUUCUACAUCGAGCAAAUCGGACAGUUCUGACGGUUCGGCAUCGGAAAUCUGUGAGGUGAUUCAGGAGUGGUCAUUAGACCCUGAGUCCCAAUCCAUUCCCAGUCAGAAUAGCAGCGGAAGCAGUUCAAGUGGCAGUAGCCACCAUCACCAUCACCACCAUCAUCACCAUCUUCAUCAUCGUCACAGUCAACAACAGCAACAGCAGCAGCAGCAGCAGCAGCAACAACAACAACAACAACAGCAACAACUAGCCGCAAUAAACGGCAACUACAUCAACGAAGAUGACACCGAGCUGGACUACGACGGCAAGCACGAUCUGAUCAGUCUGGACAAUGGCAUGAUAACCGAUUUCGAACGGGCCCAAGUGGAGAGCUUCUUCAGUGGACUGGGCACCGAGGUUUACGUCAGCACAUCGCUCGCCAACCUGUAUGAAAGCAUUGGCAAAGACGACUGGCGCUUGGUUUACACCGGCAUUCCGGUAUUGCUGCAUGAUAAGGGAUGUACACGUUCGCGAUGCACUCCUAGGGUAAGCUUCGUCCUGGCCGAACGAGGCACCUGCUUUGCUCUAUGGAAGGACACCAUCGACAAUUUGUCGGACUACAAGGUUGCUGCAGCCGCUUUUCACACCAUGUGUCUAUCAGCAGACCACCGCAAAGUGAUCGGCUUUAGCUUCGACUCGAAUCAGGCCGCCCGCGAAAUGUGGGUACGCGUCGAGGAGUUGAUCAGCAAUCCGGAAAACAUUGCCCUCUCGGCGCCCGGUCGUAAACGCAAAUCCAAGAAAAGCACCAAACCCAUCAUUCUACCGCCAAAGUCGCAAAUCUCGCAGCCCUGUCAGUUCCAUCACGUGACCAGCGUGACCACCGGCGAUGUGCAGCGGUAUUUCAGCUUACAGGCCUUCGUGGCACCACCAGUCAAACACCGGAUGCCAUAGUCCAGUGCACGUGCCAGCCUGGGAGGAAAGGCAAGGCAGACUAAUGGUUUUUAAUCAAUUUCUCGUUGCAUCAUUAUUUGUGAACAAUUAACAUCGAAUCGGCAAUGGCAAUAUCGCAAUAUCCUGCGCAGGGGGAGAAGAGGGGGAGUAUAACCAGUCCAGUGGGAAUUUUGUUCAAUCAUCAUAUUUGUGGAUUAAUUUGAACGCCGCGAGCCGUUAGGUAAAACAUUGCAUGACAGUCGUUAAGUUUUAAAGUGCAUAAAUAUUUGUUUUAACUGUGCACCCAUUUUGGCAGCUGCUGAUAAAUGAGUAAUGUUUGUAAUGAAUCGAUAAUUAACAAAUUAUAUCGGCGAGAUCUGAACGCGUUUUUAAUUGUAAAAUAAAUAUUUUUACAACAAUAUUUAUUUGGCAGAUAAUGACAAAACAGAGCUUUUACUGAUGGAAUUUUUAUUGCUCACUCGUUUUUUCAUUUUAAAAAAUCAAAACGGUUGAUGGGCAAUUAUAGUAUCUAUAAAGUUAGGUGUUGAGCUCAAAUUGAUGUUAAAAAUCUGUUAAUGGUUUUUUCUCGAUAUUCUAAAUCAUAUUCUAAAUCUUGACCUAUUUGUAAACACACAAGCUCUAAACAUCAGAAAAAAUAAAAAUUGUGCAGUGUUUUUGCCUUUGACUCAACUUAGUCAAUUGAAUGUUGGUCUCACCUGUUAACGAGGAGAGAUAUCUGCUGCUCUGGACAAAUUCGCGUCCCUUAAAUUCACUUAUCGGUGCUACACGACGCUGCAUAGCAAAACAGACAUAAUCCAUAACAUACCUCGAUGGUUCUCCAAUCAAUCUAAAGUGUUCGAUAAAUAAUUUGAUCAUAUUUUCCUAGAAAAACAUGCCGACUUUUAAUGAUGUUGAUCGAUAUGCAAUCAUCUUAUGGGAUUGUUCAAAGCCGGUUCAUUUUCUAUCGAUUAUGAUAAGCAGCUUUUCCAGUCGGGGGCAAACUGAAAACGUAACAUAAAUGUAAAAUCUCGUCCUGCACGCAUACACGUUCGAAGGUGACUUCGGUAACGCGAGCUACAACAACAACAACAACAACAACACGUCAAUACACCGAGAUUUUGCUCGGCGCGGUUUAAUCUGGGCAGGUGCUUCAGAUGCGUAAUUCCCGCGUAAAAAUCCUCAAUGUAAUUCAAUUUAUUUAAAGCAACCGCUGUAUCCCGACGCCCUAUUCGACGCCCUUUCCAUCCAUGGAUGCGUGGGCCGCACCGUACAACACAAACCCAUGGCAAUGAAUCAGUUACCAUGCCACGCAGCGCUGCCAAAAAGCCGAGUAAUUAACUUACCGAUAUGAAAUAUGUAUGAUUGCCUCUUCCUCCUCCUCCUCCAGCUCCGCGUUGGGUUUCGAAACUUAAGCUGAGUGUCUCGACGAGGCUCUGCAAAAUUAAUAAUACCAAUGUUUAUUACUUUUUGCUGCAGUAGCCAACAUUAGCUUUUGUAAAAGUGUCAAAUUGAUAGAUGAACUGAUAUGCAUAAUAGGUUAACGAUGUGUGGCAGAAUUAUUCGAUAAAAGUAAAAACAGAAUAGAGCUGAAUGCAGAGCAAGAUUGCUAAUUAGUUGUACAAUGUACAUACUGUGUCUGUGAUAAAUUGAUCAGUCCACGAGCCACAACCCAACACAAAAAGCUUCAACAUAUGCAAAUCAAAUGUUAGAUGUUGGUAGAAAAUUAAUUAAUCACACGAACGAAUGAAUAAACGAAACGAGCAUUAAACACGCACAGAUCUAAAGAUCUAAAGGUUGAUUAUGUUGAAAUAAAAAAAACGAUUGCCACCCGGCCUCAUGUUUAUCUCUAAUUCGUCCCUUCAUUACAAUGACUAGCCAACUCGAAAAUGACACUUUUGUGAUAACAAUACAAUAUUACAAUAGAAAAACACAAUAUCUUUAAAAAAUAACAGAUAAAUCGAAAAUGUAUAAGCUAAACUCUAUACAUGUUUGUAAUAAAAGAACAUUUUGUUUCACAUUAUCUGAAAACAGCCAGAAUCGAGUUGCCUAUUUUUUGAACUGAGGGCACGAAUUAGGAAAGGAAGUAGUUAUAACUUUUUUAUAGAUUAUUAUUCAACCACUUUCAUCUCCAGUUAGACUAGUUAUCAUCGGGAGGGCUUAUCAGAAAACCAGUAAACUUCUGACGUAGGUAACCCAAAACGUGCACGCAAAAGAAAAUAUUUAUUGAAAUCCACUAUUUUUCACAGAACGUAACCAUUCAUCACAGAUACUGAAAGUCAGCACCGCAAAUGCAUUACAUCCACAUACCUAAAUAUAAUGAAUGCCCAAUUCCUGCUUCCAGGAAAUCCACGCACCUGCGUUUGUUUGCCUAGAUCGAAACAAAAAAGGUUCUAAGAAUGCGAAAC